GGUAGCGCGAGGUCUUUCCAGUGGAGCUCCACUCCCCACUACGGCGACCCCUCCCCCCGACCCCGCUCUGUCUGACCGGUCCCCGAAACGGUGGCGGCGGUUUGUGGUCGUUGGUCCCAGAGAUUUAGGACCAACAUCUGAAGACCCGAAGGGGUCAGACCACCCUCCUGCACGCUGGCUGGACGGCCGUUGUCGCGCCCGCUCGCUCCUUCUCGAGGCUUUGGGACGACGCCCGGAGCCUCCCGACUGCUGGUGCUGUCUUGUGUGUUGGAUUUUGAACCUUGGAAGGCGGAGGGUCUGCGGGCAAGAUCGCUGACCCCGUCUCACCCGUGACACGCGCGGCUGGCAGCCAUGGACGAAUUACUUCAUUGGAUGCAAUAUAAUAGCUUGGAAGAAGCUUUAAGGACUAGAAAGACUAUGUGUGGAACUGCUACCAUGAAUGAAGAAAAUAUAGAUGGAACAAAUGGAUGCAGUAAAGUCCGGACUGGUACUCAGAAUGAAGCAGCACUACUUGCUUUGAUGGAAAAGACUGGUUACAACAUGGUUCAAGAAAAUGGGCAAAGGAAAUUUGGUGGUCCCCCUCCAGGUUGGGAAGGUCCACCUCCACCUAGAGGCUGUGAAGUUUUUGUAGGAAAAAUACCUCGUGAUAUGUAUGAAGAUGAGUUAGUUCCUGUUUUUGAAAGAGCAGGGAAGAUAUAUGAAUUUCGACUUAUGAUGGAAUUUAGUGGUGAAAAUCGAGGUUAUGCUUUUGUGAUGUACACUACAAAAGAAGAAGCCCAGUUAGCUAUCAGAAUUCUUAAUAAUUAUGAGAUUCGACCAGGGAAGUUUAUUGGUGUGUGUGUAAGCUUAGAUAAUUGCAGAUUAUUUAUUGGAGCUAUUCCCAAGGAAAAGAAGAAAGAAGAAAUUUUAGAUGAAAUGAAGAAAGUUACAGAAGGAGUUGUGGAUGUCAUCGUUUAUCCAAGUGCAACUGAUAAGACUAAAAAUCGUGGUUUCGCAUUUGUAGAAUAUGAAUCUCAUAGAGCUGCUGCUAUGGCUCGGAGAAAACUAAUUCCAGGAACGUUCCAACUAUGGGGCCAUACCAUUCAGGUAGAUUGGGCUGACCCAGAGAAAGAGGUUGAUGAAGAAACCAUGCAGAGAGUUAAAGUUCUCUAUGUACGAAAUUUAAUGAUCUCAACUACAGAGGAAACAAUUAAAGCAGAAUUCAAUAAAUUCAAACCUGGUGCAGUUGAACGGGUAAAGAAACUGAGAGAUUAUGCUUUUGUUCACUUUUUCAACCGAGAAGAUGCAGUGGCUGCUAUGUCUAUUAUGAAUGGAAAAUGCAUUGAUGGGGCAAGUAUUGAGGUAACACUGGCAAAACCAGUAAAUAAAGAAAACACCUGGAAACAGCAUCUUAAUGGUCAGAUUAGUCCUAAUUCUGAAAGCUUGAUUGUGUUCACUAACAAAGAAGAGAGCCAUCCAAAAACUCUAGGCAAGCCACCAGCUCUUCAAGCUCGUCUCAAUGGUCAGCAUAGCCCAAGCCCCCCUGAAAUCGAAAGAUGCACUUACCCAUUUUUUCCUGGCACAAAGCUUACUCCAAUUAGUAUGUAUUCUUUAAAAUCAAAUCAUUUCAAUUCUGCAGUAAUGCAUUUGGAUUAUUACUGCAACAAGAAUAAUUGGACACCACCAGAAUAUUAUUUAUAUUCAACAACAAGUCAAGAUGGGAAAGUACUCUUGGUAUAUAAAAUCGUUAUUCCUGCUAUUGCAAAUGGAUCCCAGAGUUACUUCAUGCCAGACAAACUCUGUACGACGUUAGAAGAUGCAAAGGAACUUGCAGCCCAGUUUACGUUACUUCAUUUGGACAGGGAGCACAAUCUCUUCAGCCUGGACCUCUGUAGAAGAAUUUGGAGAAAAUAAACAGGUCAUUUCUGAUGUUGCUUGAACUCAUUCUUCUGCAGUUGACCUCAUUCCUGUUGGCUAAAUAUUAAGUUGCAUGACAACAUUAACUUAAUGCUUGUAUGUUUUAGGCCUCAUUUAUAGUUCCAGUAAAAUAUAGAAAAAAACCUUACCAGUACAUUAAAUAACCUAAUUCUUUUUUGACUAUUGUUAGAAACACCAAAACUUUUAUAAAUAAUUAUUUAUAGUAUCGUCACAUCCUUGGCUUAUUCUACACUAAAGAACAUAGUUGAGUUUUUGGAAAGUACAGGAUUUGCAAAUUUGGUCUUUAAUAUUCACACACAUCUAUAAACAUUACAAUUAAUGAAGCAGGAAAUUAUUGCUGCAUUAGAUGAAUGUUUAUUAUGGAACAGUAAUAUUUCAAAUAUGAUUUUUUAAAAAUUUGGUUUAAUUUUUAGAUUUUUCUAUACUAUAAGUUGAUAAUGGUUUCUUGAAGUUUAUUUUAUAAAGAUGAUUCAUUUUACUGGUUUAUGGUACAAGUAGAAUCCAAUGUUAAAUUGUAUGUUGAGUUGUAAAAAUAUUUAUAUUAGUAUUGAAAUAAUGAAAUACUGGAUAGUUAGUUUUUGCAGUCCAGCGGUGAAUGUUUCUGCUGGUUUGGUGCCUAAUACAGUUUCAAAAAAAGAAGCAAAUAUGAAUUCACUGUUAUUUCUUUUCUUCAUGGACUAACCCUUAGCAUCAAAACUAAGUUUAAAAGGAGCUUCAUUAUGGAGCAAGAGAAAUCAGAGAUUUUCUUUUUCUGAUUAAAAAAAAAAAAAAGAAAACAUUGAAUAGAUAUCCAGGAAAUAGAUAUCCAAGAAUGCAUUUUAGUAAGAUCUCUGAAACGUUGUCAGUGAAAGAAAUAUAAUACUGACUGAAAAAAAUGUCAGGAUUUGCCGUGCAGUGAAGCUGAAUCAGUCUUUAUCAACAAUAAGUAUUAUCAGGAUUUUGAGUGUGAGAAAGUUAUAUUAAAAUGUGAUUAUAGUUUUAAUGCUUUGUCUCUUUGAAAUAAAUUUGUAUCCACAAAGAUGUGCAGCAUAAUUCUUCAUGUAUUUGUUUACAGACUACAAUUUCCAUCGCAGCUCAAUAAAUAGUCUUUCCCCUGUUAGCGCUGCCCUCUCUUCUGGGACUCCCAGCGUGCUUCCUUAUGCUGCACGGCCUUAUUCUUAUCCAGUCUAUCCCUUGUCACCACCAGUAUCACUUGCUAAUGGCAGCCAUGUUGGACAGCGACUGUAUAUCUCCAAUCAGGCCUCAUUCUUCUGAAGAAAAUACUGUAAACAUGAGUAUGAAAGUUUCUUUGUAAAACAUGCAAAUUAAAAUACUGUUUUAUUUUAGAAUUGGGUUUGCAUAUUCGGUUUUAAAAUGGCAUAUAUAUAUAUAUAUAUAUAUAUAUAUAUAUAUGUAUGUAUAUAUGUAUGGAUUUAUUUCAACAUAGUAAAAUAAACAUCACCCAUAAUUCAGAAUAACCCACAGUUGUAGAACUUGUAAAAAUGGUAAGUUUAAAAAGUUACUCAGUGGUUUCUUUUGAUAAUGGUAUAACAAACAACUAUUCUUUUUAAACUUUUGGAAUUUUAAAUACUUCUGAUUCCAGAGUUGGCAACAGAACUCAGUAGUUUAUGUUAAAUUUUUGCAUAAUAACUUUGCUACAUAGCAUUUCACAAUAUAAAAGUACUUGCAGACGAUGGUUACACUGGAUUUGAUUACCAAGGAUCACUAUCUGUACUAGAGAUUAGAACCGUUAUAUAACAGAAGCAUCUAACUAUUAUGUAGAAAGAAAUGAAGGGCAAAAAGUAAGAUGCAAAUUUUACCCAGUACUAAAGAAGAAAAGCAAUCUACCAUUGUGGUCCUUAAAAAUAACUAUAAAUAUUUUAGUUGAUAAUUAUUUGUUGUAGAAAUAAAUUGUAAUUUUGCUGUUAAUGUAUUUAAGAUUUUUAUAGUUAUGCCUCAUUUGUGUUUUUGAUAUUCACUGUAUAGUUUGAAUAAUAAGUGUUAU